AUGGAUUUAAAUCUUUCUAUUGUUACUGACCUGUCAUACAGUCUGGAAACACCUAUUGAAUCGGAGCUUAAGCCAGCAGAUGCUAAAGAAACGACUUACAGGAAACAAGAUUCCAGUAAACUUAUGCUGCUCAUCUUCUCGGCAAAAAUUGAUGCUGCCUCCCUGGUCACGUGUUCUACCAAGUGCUCACUCUCAGACAAGUUGUGUUAUGGGUUCACGUACAACAAGGUCUUGAAGGAAUGUUACCUGGGCUCCUAUCUUGUACCGACCAACAUAACACACCCAAACCUGGACACCAAGAUCUACUCGACUGGUCAGUUCUGUGACACCCAUGAGAACGUGACGCUACGGGCUGACGGGGGCCUCAACGCUUGCGAUUUCCUGGAGUGUUUUGUGAUGAACAUCACCCUCGGCAGUGACAACAACUACAACCCAGAUGACCCCAAAGUUUACCGCUCAUGUAAGGACGUGGUCAGUAGCAACCCCCGACAGUUGGUCAAGCUCUCGACGGGCAUCGUGGUCAUGUGUGAUACACAGACAGACGGCGGGGGCUGGACCAUCUUCCAGAGACGUGUCACAGGUGACGUCAGUUUUAACCAGGGAUGGAACAACUACAAGUACGGCUUCGGGGACUACAGUAACGGAGAUUUCUACCUGGGGAACGAACACCUGUACUGCAUGACCUCGAGCAAGAACUACGAAAUGAUGGUUGACCUGAAGUGUACGUUCAGGAACUACGACUACACGUACGCCAGCUUCAGGCUAUCCGACGAGUCUAGUGGGUACACGUUGUUCAUCACCAAAGGAUCGGGAAAUGCUGGAGACUCGCUAUACCUUGUCCACAACAACGUGCCUUUCUACACCCCCGAUAGGGACAACCCUUUCAACUUCUUCCCAAUGUGUGCCACUACUCACGCUGGAGGAUGGUGGUUCUACGGUCCCACUUGUUUCUCUGGCUACCUGAAUGGUCGCUGGACCUUGCCCUUAGCUUGGCCAAGUAACGGCAUAGCAUGUCCGUCACCGAAGACAAGCGAAAUGAAGAUUCGACCAAAGUAG